CCAGCUCUGCCUCCUCCGAGAACGAUGAGUUCCAGCUCUGUCCUCCUCUGGCUCAUCCUCAUCCCUGUGCUCAUCUGGGCUGCCUUCCUGCGGAGGAACAGGAGGAAGAAGGAGCCCCCACUGGACCGUGGACUCAUCCCAUGGUUGGGUCACGCACUAGAAUUCGGGAGAGACGCGGCUGCCUUCCUGACACGCAUGAAAGCCAAACAUGGAGACGUGUUCACAGUCCAGGUGGCUGGGAGGUUUGUCACCGUUCUCCUGGAUCCGCUCUCCUAUGACCACGUUGUCUGGGAAUCCAGGAACAAGUUGGACUUUGGGAAAUACGCCAAGAUUUUAAUGGAGCGAAUGUUCAAUGUCACUCUGCCAGAUUAUGAUGCCGCAGCAGAAAAGGCCACGCUAAAACUACAUCUACAGAACCAGAACUUGCCGAGCCUGACCAGAUCCAUGUUCAGAAACCUGUCCGCCAUACUGAAUGACAGCAACGUGUCGGCAACUACAUGGAGGGAAGAUGGCCUCUUCAACUUCACGUACGGUGUCAUGUUAAGGGCCGGAUAUCUGACACUGUUUGGGUCGGAGUCAGAACAGCCGACGGCACCAGGGAGGGAUUUACAACACUCCCUCCACGUGUACAGAGAAUUCCGCAAGUUGGAUCAGCUGCUGAUGAAGAGCGCCCGUGGCAUGCUCUCUGCAGCGGAGAAGAAAGAGGCGGCUCUGCUGAAGGAAAACCUCUGGCAGCUGCUGGACGCCAACACCCUGCGGAGGAGAGCCAAUCGGAGCGGCUGGCUGGAGGCCUACCAGCGCCACCUGGAUGAUCUUCAAGUGCCCAGAGACAUGCAGAGCCGUGCCAUGCUACUGCAACUGUGGGCAACACAGGGUAAUGCGGGUCCAGCGGCCUUUUGGCUUCUGUUCUUCCUGUUGAAGAACCCUGAGGCGAUGGCGGCCAUUGAAGGUGAACUGAAGACUUUGCUGCAGAAAGUGACGGGAUUGGAGGAGAUGGACCAAAGUGCGCUGGAGAGUGCAACAAUAUUCAACAGCGUGUUGGAGGAAAGUCUCCGUCUGACUGCAGCCCCCUUUAUCACCAGAGAGGUGCUGACUGAGCUACCACUAAAGAUGGAGGAUGGUACGGAGUACCUCCUAAGGAAGGGUGACAGACUGUGCCUCUUCCCCUAUGUCAGUCCUCAGAUGGAUCCAGAGAUACACCCGGAGCCCCAGGUCUUCCACUACAACCGUUUCCUCAAUGCAGACGGAACGGAGAAGAGAGAAUUCUACAAGAGGGGCCGAAGGGUGAAACAUUUUACUAUGCCGUGGGGGUCCGGCACCAACGUCUGCGUCGGGCGCUUUCACGCCAUCACCAGCAUUAAACUAUUCGUCUGGCUUCUAAUCCUGAAUUUUGAAUUUGAACUGAAGAACCCAGAGGCAGGGAUCCCAGAGUUUGACCGCAGCAGAUACGGGUUCGGGGUGCUCCAACCGGAAGGGGACAUUCAGUUUCGAUACAGGAGGCGGAGCCACCCGGCGACCCACUGAACCACCAAUUCUACCACGAGAACCACAAUGGCCUGAAUGGGAGAGCUGCUAUACGGAUAAAACUAUUCCUUACUGCCUCUACCAGAGUACCCCCCUCCAUAUAGAGAGACGAUCAAUAUAUAGAGCGAAGGAUUCUGGGAGUGGAGCGCUGCACUACUGCCUGUGUAUAAACUGGAGAAACUGACUGUUCUGAAUGUAUAUUUGUAUAUAGAGGAGAGCAUUGACACAGAUCUGGCUGUCUAUGGAAGACCCCAAUUUCCAUGGGGGGGGGGGGGGUUGCAGAAAUAUAUAAAUACAGCGUGACUCGAUUUGCCAGUGUUGUCUUGCAAGAUGAGCAGGAUUUUAGCCUCUGGGAUUUGCAGUACCGCAUGUGGCCAGAGAUGUGGCCGCCGCAAGUUUUUGAGGCGAGUGCUUAAUUCAGAAAGCACUU